AUGUCGCACGUCGUAGUAUUCAACUCGUACGCGAGGACUUUCAAGAUUCCGACGACGCCCACCAAGUACCUGACGGAAGUACGGGACGAGGCAUGCCAAAAGUUUGGUGUCAACAAGGAUCAAUUCACGCUCAAGUACAACAAUAAACCCAUCUCCCUAUCGCAGCAAAUACGGCUCGCGAACCUUCCCCAAGGCGCCCGAUUAGAACUCGUCCAAGCCUCGCGAUCGCCUACAGUCAUAUCCGUCGCGCUCCAGCUUCCCGCAACCGAGCAGAACAAACGCCUUACAAGCAAGUUCGCAAGCAACACUUCGUUAUGGGAGAUUCUACGACACUUCGAGAGUGGUCAGGGGACCAACUACAACUUCACACAGCGCGGCAUCCCCGAGAUGAGCGGUGCGUCCGGUGCUGGUAGGCUACAUUACGAGCAGCCCGUCAUAACCGUUAUGCCAGGCCAUAAGGAACAGUCCAACUUUGUCGAGCUGCAGCAGACUCUCAGUCAGCUGGGUUUCGAUAGCGGAUCGGCCUUGCUAAAGUUGUCGUACAAGAACAGCGGAACGCCACUGGAGGAGGUUAUGGCACAGAUCACACAGUACUUCAAGUCUAGUGAGCCUGCGUCUGCUGGUGCACAUGGUGCACAUGCUUCGACGACCGAUCAACUAGCCUCAAUACCGGAUCCUGCCCAGGCAGCUCCGGAGUCGACAGAAGUCGUAGCGGGCGAAACUGUUCGCAACGAAGAGCCCGAUCCAGAACCGAUGGAGGUUGACUCCAAACCGGCUGCCCAGCCUAUACAAGAGCCUGAAGUGUCUACAGAAAACAACGCGACUGAGAACGUGGAGAACACUUCGCCAGCGGCAGCAUUGGCUGCGGCAACAUCAACAGCGUCUUCUGUGCCUGUAGAGCCUACUCAAAUUCCUGCACAACCCCCCCAAACGUCGUCACAGCCUGCUGAGCAAUCCCGCAAUGUACAGAUCUUCUCUGCGCCAACAUCGUCCACACCACAAGCGGCGCGAAAUGCCUUCAACGAGAGCGACUACCUACCCACCAUCGAGCACGCAAAGGCACACCAAAAUGCGUUGUUGACCAAGACACGGAACACACGUCUACUAUCCGACAAAGAGUUGGAGGAGCAAGAAAAGGAGCGACAAGCCAAGAUUGAUGCGGCAGCUGAGAAGGGUGGUGCACUCCGUAUACGAAUGCCAGACGGUGCGCUCAUCCAGAUGAACUUCAACAAGAGUGAUACCGCAGUCGGUCUAUAUGACUUUGUGCGCGGCUUUCUCGAGAAGAAGAAUGAGCCUUUCCAGCUCAAGAACACUGGUCCGACAGGCCGACUUGUUCUGAUCCCACAAGACAACAAGCGCUUAGUGCAUGAUCUACGUUUCUUCAACAACGAACUCAUUACUUUUCAAUGGGCGGACAAUGCUAGCGCCGAGGCGAGGGCAAGCCGGCAUACUCUUUCGCAGGAGUGGCAAGCGAAGGCACAGGCGCUCAAGGUCGAAGAGCCAGUACGGGAGGAGAAGGCUCAACCUCAGGCUUCUCAGGGCCAGACGGUCGCGGAGGGCAAGCGCAAAGCUAAUAUGAGUAACGAGGAGAAGGAGAGCAAGCUGAAGAAUCUGCUCGGAAAGGGCUUGUUUAAGAGGAAGUAG